AUGUUCAAUAAACUAAAGUCAAGAAAAGCACCACUAUCAUUAAAUUCAUUAUCAAAUGCUAUAAAAACUCACGGCUCAAAAAGUCUAUCACCCGAAGAAAAAGAAAUUAACCCUAAGAACAUUGAUGUACAAGUCAUAAAUCAAUUAGGUAUACCUGAAAAUUCAAUCACAGCUGUAGCAUAUGAUCCUAUCCAAUCCCUAUUAGCAGUUGCAACUACAAAAAAUGAUGUAAGAGUUUAUGGUCAAGUGAAUGUAGAAGUUGUUUUUGAAUUCAAUAUCAAACAUCCGAUAACUCAUUUGAAAUUUGUAAAAGGAGUAUACCUUUUAUGUUCAUCACCUGCAUCUGGCUUAUCAGUUUUAUCACUACAUUCAAAAAAGAUAUUGGGGACUUUUUCAUUUCCAGGAACUGUGAGUGCAAUUGAAACUGAUCCAUCUUUAGAUUGGGCUAUAUUCGGAUUAACAAAUGGAAGUUUGAUCUUUUAUGAUGUGGACAGACUAAAUUUAACACCAUUCAGAAUAGAUAAUUUACAAAAAAAAGUCAUGCCUAAGGAAAAAUUAUCACCAGUUUUAUCAAUCGAAUGGCAUCCGAGAGAUAUUGGAACUUUACUAGUAGCAUACAAUCAAUGUGCAAUAGUAUACUCAUUAGUAACUGGUGAAAUCAAAAGUGUUUUAUCUUAUCAAUUAACAAAAGAACAUAAAGGUUUUCAAUAUUCUAAUCAUAUUGCCACUGGUGGUAAAAAGAAAUUAUUUGGAUCAGUGAAAAGCAUAAUACCAAUGUUAAAAGAAGCUCAUUUCCAUCCAAAUGGUCUACAUGCAAUUACAGUUCAUAAUGAUAAUACUAUUGUGUUUUGGGAUAUAGAUGGUGGAAAAAUCGUUGAAGCUAGAACAUUAUAUGAAACUCAAUUACAUAAACCAGGAGCGUAUCUCGAAGUUCCAGAAGUUUUCAAUCCAAUAGAAUCUGUAAGAUGGAUAUGUGGAGAAGAUCCAGAAAAUACAAAAUUAUUAGUAAGUGGCGGUGAUCCUGAAGGAACAAAUAUUAUAAGUGUACUUGAUUUUGGAUAUACUUUAAAAUAUUCAAUUACUUCAAUUGAAAAUCAAAGUAAAUUUUAUUGUAAUCCACAAGGAGGUCAAAGAAAAAUACCAAUAAAUUUUUAUCUCAACAAUACAGAAAAAGUCGAAUAUAUUACACAUAUUGAACCAAUUACUGAAAAUGGAUCACCUUAUUUCCAUGGAGGACAUAAUCCUUCUUUCCUAAUACUUAUUUCAAACUUAGGAAGAAUCUAUUCAGUUUCAUUUUCAAAUAAUUCAGGAGGUCAAGGUAGUUCGGAUCUAGGAUCUGUAAUUUUUCCAACUUCAAUAGCAUUAACUGUUCCACCUUUAUGUUACUUUGAUGUACAAGCAGUUGUUAGAAUAGAUUGGUAUAGUAUGAUGUCAAGUAGAGCAUCAUCAGGAACAAAUGCUAAGAUCAAACCAUUAUUAUUUGGUGGAGCACCCGUAUCAUUAACAAAUUUACCUAAAUCGUUAGGUUAUAAUGACGGUUUAAGGAAUAUAAUGAUAACAGGUCAUGAGAAUGGAUUAGUUAGGUUUUUAGAUGUUACAAAAGGUGAGCAACUGAGUACUGAAAGUGUAGUUCAAGUAAGCUUGAAAGAAACAUUAUAUGAUUAUGAUAAUCCUGCAAAUUUAAAAGUUUUACAAGUAUCCUGUUCAUUUCCUAAUCGUCAAUUAUUAGUUGGUUUGAAGACGGGAGAAGUUGUUAUAUGUAAAUUUGGUAAAAAUCCAAAUAUAAAAAAUGCAGGUAUACUGUCACAUAAAGAUUAUAGUGAUUGUCCCAUGCAACAUACAAAUGGGAGUGCGCUGUUAUUGAAUAUUACAGGUAGAGUUUCGGGCUCUGCUGCUCUGUCUGCUACAUUUGUACCUUCAUAUAUUUUAAGAUUAGACCCUUCAGAACCAGUUUCAGUUUUGAAAAUGAGUGAUGCAGGGUUUGCUGCCGUAGGUUAUAAAUCAGGAAGAUUGGUUGUUUGUGAUAUAUCUAGAGGUCCUGCUGUGAUUUUCAAUUGUGAGAAUAUUAAGCAGAAUUUAGUUUCUGUUAGUGGUAAUUGCUAUGCUACUACCAUGGAAUUUACAAUUAUGGAAUAUGGAAUGGAUGGUUAUUCGUCAUUAAUUUUGAUAGUUGGUACAAAUUGUGGUGGUAGUUUAAUAUAUUAUAAGAUCACUCCAAUGGGUAAUGGUGGAUUUCAAGUUGAUUUCGUAGAUAAGACUGCUCACUUAAACUAUAGAACUGCCGAUGGUGGUGAUGCAGAAGCUUCGAAAUUGCUGCAAUUAAUUCCAAUUGAUUCUCAAUAUGGAAUGUCCGCUGUGGCUGAUCCGAAAAGAUUUUCACAAUUAGGUAGUGGAGUUGCUAUUCCAGGAUUUAUAAUCACUGUAUCGGAUAGAGACUUAAGAGUUAUCAAAACUCCGAAAACAAAAUUAUCACAUAAAGUUAUUGAUGAUGUAUGUUUGAAGGCUAGUGUUGUGCAAUAUAAAGAUAAAGGUGUUGUGCUAGCGGUACUAGUCAAAACAGGAUUUAUCAAAUUAAUCUCAUUACCUGCAUUGCAAGACAUAGCAAAUAUAAAAUUACCAAAAGAGGCUUUCAAUCAAAUUAAAGAAUCACUAGAAUCAGGAACUGCAAAUCAAUCAAACUUAUUAUCUUCAGGAGAAAUGUAUAUAAGAUUAUCUCAAACGGAAUCAGUUUUUAUGGCUGCAUUUGAAAGAACACGUAAAAAAGGAGAUAUCGACACAGAUAAAUUGUUUAAUCCAACAGCUAUUAUUCCACCAAGACCACAAGCUAGUGCUUUAUCAUGGGCUAAAGGUCAAAUCAAUUAUGUAUCUGUAGAAGAUUUAACAAUGUUGAUAGCUGGACCAAAUAGAAAACAACCCAAAAAUGAAGAAUCAACAUUAGCACAUAAUAUAUCACCUGAAGCAAAUCCUCAAGCUAAUUAUGGAGGAUAUAAUCCAAAACAACCCAAAACCGAGAAUUCAUAUGAACAACCAGUACGUAAAGGAGCUAACCAAGGUGCUACUGCUUUUGGAGCCCAAGGAUUUAUGAGAAGUCUACAAAAUGGUUUACAAACAGCAGAAGAAACAUUUCAUGAAUACGCAAAUUCAGCAAGUCAAACAUUUAAUGAAGGUUAUGAAGAUCAAAAAAAAUCAUUUUAUUCAUCUGCUUUACAAAGUAAGUUUGGUUUCUAA